CAGGCUACGUUGUUUCAUCCACUGCGCAGGAGUUGUGGAGCAGAUAGUUCAUGUGUCUUCGUGUGUCGUGCUUGGUGGAGGUCACAGUCAUCAGAGCAAAACUGGGCUUGUUGUCAUGGCCAAGCUAUUUGAGACACUUGGGAAGUUGGGCUUGGCCCUGGCCAUCGGAGGAGGCAUUGUUAACUCUGCCCUUUUCAAUGUUGAUGCAGGCCAUCGGGCUGUGAUAUUUAACAGGUUCAAAGGAGUCCAAGAUGAUGUUGCUGGUGAAGGGACCCAUUUCCUCAUUCCUUGGGUUCAGAAACCUAUAAUCUUUGAUUGCCGAUCCCGUCCACGCAAUGUACCUGUCAUCACAGGCAGCAAAGACUUGCAGAAUGUAAACAUUACAUUGCGUAUCCUCUUCCGGCCGGUGACAAGUCAGCUGCCACGCAUCUUCACCAGUAUUGGUGAAGACUAUGAUGAGAGGGUGCUACCGUCCAUCACCACAGAGGUCUUGAAGGCUGUAGUGGCUCGGUUUGACGCUGGUGAGCUCAUUACCCAGAGAGAGCUCGUGUCUCGCCAGGUCAGUGAGGACCUGACAGAAAGAGCCUCCACCUUUGGCCUUAUCUUGGAUGAUGUUUCGCUGACUCACUUAACUUUUGGAAAAGAAUUCACAGAGGCUGUUGAGAUGAAGCAGGUGGCCCAACAGGAUGCUGAGAGGGCCCGUUUUGUUGUAGAAAAGGCAGAACAACAGAAGCAGGCUGCUAUCAUCUCAGCAGAGGGAGACUCUCAGGCUGCCUUGCUUAUUGCCAACUCCCUAAUGCAGGCUGGCGAUGGUCUGGUAGAGCUACGCAAGCUGGAGGCAGCUGAGGAUAUCGCUUUCCAGCUCUCCCGCGCCCGCAAUGUCACCUACCUGCCCUCAGGACAGGGCACAUUACUCCAGUUGCCCCAGUGAUAGCAGCUCACCCCUUUUCAACCCCACACUCGCUGUCACCAGCUGUUAGAUGGUCCAUGGAAGGGGUGGUUGGAGGAUUCAAUAAAGGACUCUCCCAACUUCA